GUUGGGAAAUCAUUCUGACAUCGUCAGCGUUUCAAGCAACACACAGCACAACAAACACACUCGCUUUUCCAUUUCAAAUUCAAAAAUGUGCCAACAAGUCGCCAUCAGCAAUAACGACAACAACAACAACAACAAAAUGAAGACCAGCUACAGCAUUAAGCAAGUCUUGAAGACGUUCUUCAAGAAGCAGCAGAAACAACAACAACAGCGCCGCCAGAACUCACUGGAAUCACUUGAAUCAGUGGACAAUCUGCGCAAUGCCGAGGUCGAGGAGGUCUACUAUGCCGAAAUCGAUGAGAAUGCUGCCAACGAGAAAUUGGCUCAGCUGGUGCAGGAGCAAGAGCUCGACAGCGAGGAGGACAUCUAUGUGCCCGUACGCUUUGCUCGCACCGAGGCCGGCACCUUCUUCUGGACGACCAAUCUGCAGCCAGUUGCUAGCGUCGAUGCCGAUCUGCUGCAGCCCGCUUACUGCUACUCCAGCCAACAGCAUCCGUUCAUGCAGUACCAGGAUCGUUGGGCCCAGGCUUAAAUUUGGUAUUCCACGUCCAAGCCUCAAUUAUCAACAAGCUUUAAAUGCAUGCAACAUUGUGAUAGCAGCGACAGCAGCAGCGGCAGCAUCGUACUUAAUCUUAACUCAAACUCAACUCAGCGAUCCCAGCGCUUCCAUUAGUUCUUAAGACAUUGUGAUAGAAAAUGACAGCUUUAAAAAGGAAAAAAC